UCUUUAUUUUAUUUCUCACUUUGUAUUUUCUCGAGAAAUUUUUUUCCAUCAAAAGAAGAAAAUGGCUAGGUUUUGUAAAGGCAAUCAAGAUGAAGAACGGUUGGACGAUGAUGAUCAAGACCUCUAUACUGUCAACACUUCUUCCGCUCUCAAUAUCAACAACAACAACAGCAAUGUGAAGGUGGAUGAAACUGGUAGAGGUAAAAGAGCGAACCCUCAUCGUUCUAAGCAUUCUGAGACUGAGCAGCGUAGAAGAAGCAAAAUUAACGAAAGAUUUCAGGUUCUGAGAGAACUUAUACCUCAAAAUGAUCAAAAAAGAGAUAAAGCUUCUUUUUUGUUGGAGGUUAUUGAAUACAUUCAGUUCCUACAGGAAAAGUUACAAAUUUAUGAACAAUCUUAUGAAGGAUGGAGUCAGGAGCCAAGCAAAUUAAUUCCAUGGAGAAAUCAUCACGGACCUGCCGAAAAUACUAUAGAUCCUUCUCGAGCUAUUCAAAAUGGGUCUAUUCAUGAAACACCUAACAACGUCUCUCUGUCAUUGCCUAAAAACGUACAGAACCCAAUAGAACCUGACCCCUCCACAACUAUUCAGAAGGGUUGCACCCCUGGUUCAUCCGGAGAAACAGUUCCCUUGACAAUGCAAAUGCGAUUGGACAUGUUUGAUCCGGUUGUUAGCAGUGGUAUGGUGACUCAACAGAUGCUGGAGUUGCCUGUAUCUAAUGCUGGCAUGGCUUCGAAUCUCCAGCCUCAAGUAUGGCUAAGCAAACCAAACAAGGACGACUACGUUGUUCCAGAUAAUACAUUGAAGGAAGAAGAGGAGCUGAAAAUUGAUAGUGGGUCAGAGUCAGAUAGCAUCUCAAGUGCCUACUCUCAAAGAAUAUUAGGUACUCUCACCCAAGCGCUGCAAUCUUCGGGUGUAGAUUUGUUGCAGACCAGUGUUUCGGUGCAAAUUGAUGUUGGUAGACGAGCAAAUACUGGGUCAGCCCCUUGCCAAUAUGGCUCAAAGGGUCAUGAAAAUCAGUAUAUGAGCAAUCAAGCAAUGACAUGUGAUUACUUCAGUGAGGAUUCUGAACAAAGUCCAAAGAGGUUCAGACGAGAAGCUAGCUAGUGAUUCUUCUCAUGUUAUUAUUUUUUUGUUGAGCUGUGAGGAAAAUUGAGAUUGGGUAGGUCAGGUUAUUUUUGCCAUGCUGGCUAGAUCUAGAUAAAAUGUAUAUUUCAUGAUUCAACAAUGACAGUUUGAAAUAAGCUUAUAAAAGAGCUUAUUUACAACUUAUAUGGAGUUAUGAGACCAUCAUUUGUGUAAGUAUUUUGGGAAAAUUUAUGAAAAUCUAUAAUUGUUAUAUUAUCU